AUGGCACGAGAUUGCAAGAGUCACCCCUUUCCGAAGGCUGGGCGUCCAGGUCCGGAUUGUGGACGGGACCGUUUCGGCAGGCUCUAUGACGCUGCGGUGAGCUUGAAGACGGAAUUUGUGAUCAUGUUUCUGGGCUUGAGCAUGGUUGAGCAUGCUGCACGGGAGACCUUUUUGGAGACAUUCCAACUCAAAUUUCAGAUCCACGGUCCCAUCAAGAAGCGUCCGCAGUUCGAUGCGGGCGGCGUGCUGGUGCGCGACCGCAGCUUUGCCGGCGCGGAUUAUGUGGAGAAGCUGGCCAAGAAGAGAGUCUCAGGGUACAAGAAGCUUGGACUCUGUGGUGGCUCCUACUACAAACGUGAAGCAAUUCUAGAUGCACUGUCAGAUGAGCGUGUGGCCGAGAUAGAUUGGUGGCUCGCCACUAGCCGUGCACUGAAUCCGCCGCCCAGGAACAUGCUGGGUGAACGCUUCACCAAAGAGAUCUACUCCUCCGACUUCGCUCUUCAGUAUGCCUUGGCUGCGAGAGGCUGGACCAUCAUGCCCUGGGAAGAAGCAGCGCAGAUGCACAACAGCAAGGAGAUUCCCAUGGCGGGACCCAAAGAUGCCACGUUUCGGCACUACUCGGGUCCCGUUGGGAAGCCCACCUACGAGCUGAAGAUGAGGCCGGAAGAUGGCGAGACCAAGGUAGAUACUCUCAGGGCCUUCUUACCGCGAUGUUUGUGUGUGAUGCGACCACACUCCUUUUUCACCACACCAAGAUGA